AUGAAGUUCCUUGCUAUCACUACCUUCUUGGCCACGGCUCUCGCCGUUCCCAGCACUCCCGGCGAGUCUUGCCCGAAGGAUGCUGGCCAGGUGACCCUCAAACAAGCCCAGAACAAGUGUGGCAGCCAGGCCAAGGUUUCCUGCUGCAACAAGAAGAUUGAGUCUGGAGACAGUUAUAAUCAGAACAAGGGUUUGCUAUCUGGUGGUAUCCUAAACGGCCUUCUUGGUGGUAAGGGCAGUGAGGGACUUGGUGUUUUUGACCAGUGCAAUGAGCUGAGUGUUACGGCUCUUCUCGGUCUCGAUGAUAUUCUUAGUGACCAGUGCAAGCAAAACAUUGCUUGCUGUGAUGAUUCCAACGCCAAAGCCGAGGGUGGUCUGGUCAAUGUCGCGCUUCCUUGUGUUGUCUUGCAGGAUCUUCUGUAA